AACGUUCCCACCAGUGCUGUGUCAUCGAUACCUGAAGAAGGGCAUGAACUAUGGUAAUAUAUAACGCGAGCUGAGAAAAGUCCCUUUAUUUGUUACUUGAGUAGGAUUUUACUGCACCACAACCAUUAAUGUGUGCGGCGGCGGCAGUCACAGGGAAGCGAAACUCGAAAUACGGAAAACAUGUUGCUCAUGUAAUGAUAUAUCGUGUUGUUCAGUAACUCGUUAGUUUCUUGGGAGCAGAGUUUUGGAAUGAGGAGUUUUCUUGUUUUGGUAUUGUUUUUUGUGUCGUUUGAAAAUGUAAAAGGUUGCCCGAAUAUUUGCUCAUUUUUGUACAGCAAUUCCAACGCAGACUGGGAGAAUCACUCUAGCAUAGCAGACACCUAUUUUAUUGUUGAAGGGAUUGCAUCAGGCAGUGUAACAGGAAUAAUCACGGCCCGCUUCGAAACCUUUACACCAGAUUACGGCAAAACAUUUGAUUUCCUGAGGUUUCACAAUGACAAUACUAAAAAAGAAGACAACCAAUCGCUUUUUUUCAAGAUUAUUCCCGGAAAAAAUGGUGUUGUCAGCGGAAAGAAAGGCAGUCCUAUCGGGACGAAGUCGCUUAGUUUCGAGAUCGUGAAGAGUAUUCAAAUAUCAGAUUUAGAUGCAAAUUUCUACAAAAUAUUCAUGGGUUAUCCGGGUAACGCUGAGAGCUUGGAAUACAAUUACGGAACUGAUACAAAUUGGAAAACGUUAAAAGAUGUGCGUCUCAGAGACACAGUAAAGAUAAAGAAUGGUGGAAGAUGUACUGUAUACAAGUACAUAUCAGUCUGCUCUGAUUCCACACCAAGACAUUGUGGUGAACAACGUCUUGUAACAGAAAAGGUUACCCUCGGCUCUCCACACAUUCUCACCUGUACCGGCUCUGGAGCUCCUUAUCUUGAUGUGAUGUGGACCAGAGAUAAGGCAACGGUUCCAGUUUGGUCAAGUACCUACGACAACACAACAGCAGAUCACCAGAUCAGCUCUAAGGUAGAGAUAGAUAAUAUCACCUUGGACCAUCUCGGAGAAUGGAUUUGCACCAUCCGUAACAAAAACUUCGGUGACAGUGUCAAUAAGAAAUACGUCCUACAGUACUCCAACCCAGUAAUUCUCCUUGACUCACCAAAUCUAGAAUACUACAAAGACAAUGAAAACGACACAGAGUUUGAGUGGACGGUUGAAGGGUGGCCAUUAGAGCAAGUUAAACUAGAAUGCGGAAAUGAGAACAUUUCAGUGAAAAAAAACGAUACUGGCUAUAGAACCUUUAUACCUCCCCGAGUUGGAUUUAAAAUCAUUCUAAGAAACGAGACCGUAAUAAACUGUGUCCUAAAAGAUGGAAAUAAAGUCCUAAAUACUCGUAACAUCACCAGAGUUGGAUACAACUGCACAGAGGGAGAAGGUGGUGUUGGUAAAGAUUGUGAAGAGUGUGAACCAGGACAAACUAGUGUGGCUGGAGUUGGAGAGUGUUUCGCUGGCAACAGUUCCUGUACAGAAGGAAACUGGGGAAUUGACGGAAUUUGCAAUCCAUGUCCUGACAACCAGACUAGUUCCUAUCAUGCGGUUAAACCGCAAGAAUGCUUCACACCUGCACCUGAACCUACUGUACCGCCUGCACCAGACAAGAACCUUAUUGCUCCUAUAGCCGGUGGUGCUGGUGGAUUUGUAGCUGUCUUGAUAAUGACUGCUGUUCUUUGUCUGAUCCUCCGCAGAAAGAAACCAAAAGAACUCUUAGUCGGUCAACCUCUUCAGCCUAGAUUUACAGGAACUGCGGAAAUCAAUGCGGUCUACUCUGACGAUCCAGUUCAAAGAACCAUUCCAAGACUUCUAAGUGAUCUGGAUGAUUCUGAAUGUACUUACGCUAAUAUGAACGAGACGCUCACCCGGAACAACUGUAAAAGUAAAGACAAGGAGAACACGUCUCAACAGUUUAAUUCGACUGAUAGAUCCUUAAUGGAGAUGACCGCUAUGGCCAGCAGAUCUUUAGAAGUGGAAGAAGACACACCGUAUGCUAAUUUAGACGAAGUGAAAAGAGUGCAUUCGACUGACAAAGACGAAAAAGGGGAAGAAAGUACGCUCGCUCGUCUAGAAAGACCAGAAACUGGGAAGAGAGCCAACCGGUCAGGGAAGAUGUCGUCAAAAAAUGGCGGGGACGGACUGAAGGAAGAUCCUCUUUAUGCUGUUAUCAUAAAAGAAGAAGGGAACCCUAAAGCUUAUCCUAACAUACGAGUCGGUAAAACAGGAAAUGACAACGGCCAGUUCAAGGCAAACAGGAAUAUGCCAAUAGAAGAAGAAGAUGACACUUAUGCCUGCGUAGAGCUUUCUGAUUCCUCUAAACUGAGAACCAUACCAACAGUUCCAGUUGAAGAUGAAGAUGACACUUACGCCUGCGUGGAACUAUCUGACUCCUCUAAACUGAGAACCAAACCAACAGUUCCAGUUACCAACAACGAGAGAGCAGAAUACUCCACGAUGUCAGAGCUUCAACGUCAGAAGUCAUACGAAAAGGAUUGAGUGGAAAUAGAAAGCGAAUACAAAUAACGUAUGGAUGAACAAACUUUGAUAAAAUCGCACGAAAUUCAUCAUAGCAGUGUGAAAUUAAUAAUUUAGUAUUUUACAACUUCCUGCCUUCAUACAGGCCCGGGACGUCUUUAUAUCAGGGACGUUUUUUUGUAAAUUUAAUUUCACCCAUUUAGUUUCUCAAUCUCUGUUUUAAAGACUGCGGCAAUUUUUCCCUCGUUAUAUUUUCCGCUAUUUCUGUUAAUGUGUUCUUGUUCAGCAUAAAAUGGUCUUAUUGUAUUAUAAUUUGUUUACUCUGAUAAUGAAAGCCUCGACUAUCAUCAAUGAGGAUUUAA